CCAGGAGAUGGCAGUAAUGCAACGACAAGGAUGCCAGCUGCUGCAAAACCUGAAUGAAGAAGAAGAGGACGAAAAGGAAGAAGACUCCUCAAACCCUGCAAGAAGGCUGAAACGCAUUGUCAGUCAGUGGCUACGUGCUCUCACAGGGUCGGCACAAUGGAGUUUCUCUCCCACAGUAGUCCGAGGCAAGAGCUUGUCGGUGCGCUUUGCAGCGCGGUCCUCCUCCUGCUCCUCACCAGAGUCACAUCUGCAGAGGACGGCGCCAAUGUGAGAAACCCCCAGUGCCACAACUACGCGGGAGGACACGUCUAUCCCGGGGAGGCUUUCCGCGUGCCCGUGUCCGACCAUUCCCUGCACCUCAGCAAAGCGAAGAUUUCAAAGCCUGCACCACACUGGGAAGGAACAGCUGUCAUCAACAGUGAAUUCAAGGAGCUGAAGCUGUCAGACUACAGGGGCAAAUAUCUUGUCUUCUUCUUCUACCCGUUGGACUUCACAUUUGUCUGCCCUACUGAGAUCAUUGCAUUCAGCGAUCGUGUACAUGAGUUUCGCGCCAUCAAUACAGAGGUGGUCGCCUGCUCAGUGGACUCCCAGUUCACCCAUCUGGCCUGGAUCAAUACACCCAGGAAGCAGGGUGGACUUGGACAAAUGAAAAUCCCUCUUUUGUCUGACCUCACGCACCAGAUAUCGAAAGACUAUGGAGUCUACCUGGAAGACCAGGGACACACAUUGAGGGGACUCUUCAUCAUUGAUGACAAAGGCGUCCUGAGGCAGAUCACCAUGAACGAUCUUCCAGUAGGAAGAUCUGUGGAUGAGACACUGCGGCUGGUCCAGGCCUUCCAGUACACUGACAAGCACGGAGAAGUGUGUCCAGCAGGAUGGAAGCCGGGCAGUGACACAAUCAUUCCUGACCCUUCAGGCAAGCUGAAGUAUUUUGAUAAAUUGAACUGAUCUGCGUUUCUGUUUGCCCAGUCUGUGAAAUCCACCACUUACUGAAAGUUCAAAUUAAAGGUCUUUUCAUAAAAUG